CUUACGGACAUAAAAGCUAACAAUUCUAUAAAAGUUCAUGAGCACAAAUUCGACCAUCUAGAUUCUCCAAUUCCUGGUCUGCUACAAUCAGUGGAAAAACAAUGGCCACAAAAUCAGUGCCUCGCGUCAAUGGAGUCCAGCCAGGUGACGGUAACAUCGAUGCAGCAUCGCAAGAUAUGCCGGCGCUACAGGACCUCUGGAAAGCCAUCCAUGCGAUCUCAAGGGAAGACGGGUUCGGAAGGUUCGCACAACUCGUCGAACGCGUCGAUUCGCAGGAGGCCGAUCUCAAAGACAAAGACGGCAAAAUCAAUGCGCUGGAAAGCCAGCUGGCAGCGUGUGAAGCGUCUCACCGUGCCUCCAAUAAAGAGCUUUUCGACAAGUUUGAGGAGAGACAUCAGCAAUGGAGCGAUAAGAACGAAGUAUUACGAAGCGGGGUGGCAGCGUUGAACACAGCUUCAGAGGAGAAAGACAAGAGUAUAGAGGCGCUUCGGGGGGAGCUGAAGAGGACGCAGGCUCAAGUUGUUGACCUUGAAAAGGCAUAUGGCGCGGAGAAAAAGAGUGUCAAGAUUAAGAAUGUUCAGAUUGCAGAAUUGGACGCGCAGCGGAAGACUGCAGUGAAUGAAGCAAACGACUUGAAGGCUCGAUUGAAAAAGGCGGAAGACAACGCAAUUGCUCUAAACAGAUCCUUGCAAGAAGAGGCAAACGAGAAGCAAAAGCACCUAUCGGAUGCCGUCGAGGCGAAUAAGAAGAUUGAGAAAUACAAGGGUUUCACCGUGAAAAUCGAGUCACUCAACCUACCAGCAGUAAGAAUGUUCAAGAAUCGGAUUCCGCUUCCGCAAAACAAUUCCAAAAUUGCUAAAGAGAUGCGCGUAGCGGUAGUCCUUGGUGCCCUUGCGAAUCUCAUGGUCCAGUUCCUGUUCCAGCCCACCUAUGUGCUGGGUGAGCGUGGUGGCCUGCGACAGUUGCUCCGCUACCAAGCAACGGUAGACCCCUUGAAAGAAAUGUAUGCCAGAGGCAUUAUUCUUUCCAUGAAGCACGACUACCAAGACGAAAUUGACCAGGAAAAAAUUGAUAAGAUCAUAGAUGAUUUGAGGGACGUUGUACGCGUAGAUAUCCUCUUUGAUACCAAAGACGACCUCGAAAACUUUUGCGAAGCGCUCGACGACCUUCUACUUCAAUUCCAAGAUCUGUGGAAAAAGAUACAACGCGGAAAGGAGAAGCUCGAACCGAGCUUUGAAGAAAGACCUUCGGCUGCGAAGUACCCUUGGUACAUAGUCGGGCUGCCGGCUGCAGUGGAGACCCAGAAGCGCUCUUCGUCACCUCCCGCGACUACUGAUGCGCAGGAUGACACUAUAAUAGUGCCACAGAUUGUGCAGAUGCGAACGAAAGGUGAUCCAGAACCUGUCACCCAUGGCUGGGUACUCCAGAAAACCCAAAUACAUGCCGCCGAUGAAGAGAUCCGGCGAAUCAGCAGAGGCCUUCGAAUUACCCCGUUCGGGGAGGAAGAUACAGGCCGUCCGCGGACCCGGACAAGACGUGCCCCGUCGAUUUCUGGCAAUGCGUCUCCUGAUCAAAAGAAGGGUAGUCCUUUUUUACCUCGAAGUUCUGCGGCCCAAGACGCAUGAAUGCAUCGUGGAUCGCGCGUGGCUACCUGCAAAUUGGAAAUUGGAAUAUGAAACGCAGCCAUCAAUAAAUAAUGGAGGAUAUAAUUGUUGUUCAAGGAGUGCACUUGGAGGAGCUAGUUAAGGCAAGAUACACAAGGAUUGGCGAGGCAUUUUGUCCAUACGUUUCUGGUUCUGCGAGUCUCAGGAUCCGCGAACAAUAGU